AUGACAGUCCAAGACUCAAUCGAACUCUCCCAUAUUGCUCCAAGUGGCUCGACUUAUGAACCGCUGCUGCUUUUCUUCAUUACUGGGAACCCUGGCCUCAUUGAAUACUACCGCACAUUCCUGACAUUGUGCUUUGAUAGCCUUCGCACCAAGUACUCGAAUCGUCACAUCAAAGUUGCAGGAACAAGUCUUCGAGGUUUCGGAGUGCAAGACGACAAACAUCAAAAUGCUGUCAAUGACAAUGCUCAAGGACCGUAUGAUCUGGAACAGCAAAUGGAACACAUAGGCCAGAUGCUCGAGAGAGCGAUCGAGGGUCAUGCAACACAAGACCAUCCUACGAAGGUAAUAUUGAUGGGUCAUUCAGUGGGCUCGUAUAUCUUGCUCGAGGUCUUGAGGCGACGCAAACAAAGCCCAACGACUCAGCAAUUAAGCAAUGAUGCCAGAGUCAUUGGCGGAAUCUGUCUGUUUCCUACGGUCACUCACAUCGCAAAAAGUCCAAGCGGCAAGAAGUUCAGUUUCUUUUUCGCUAUUCCGUACUUUGCUGUUGUUGCAGGCUUUGUUGUACGUCUACUUUUCUCCUGGGUUCCUUUUACUGCGGUGCAAAGUCUUGUCAGUCUCGUCACUGGAUUUCCUGCUCCCGCCGCAGAGACCACAACUGCAUUCAUCAAGAGCAGAGGCGGUGUCAGGCAAGCAUUAUUCCUCGCUGGUCAUGAGAUGAAGACUAUCACCACCGAUGCUUGGGACGAUGAGCUCUGGGGCAUUUCAAAGGCACAAGACGCGAACAGCAACAAAACGAAACUGUACUUCUACUUUGGCACUGAUGACCACUGGGUUGCCAACGAGACUCGAGACGAGCUCAUUGCUGCCAGAGCUGCAACAGGUAAAGUGGGUGAAGAGGAUAAGCCUACUAUGCAGAUUGAUACUCAUGGCACCCCUCAUGGGUUCUGUAUCAAGCAUAACGAUCUAGUUGCGAAGAAAGUUGAGCAGUAUAUCGAAGAACUAAUGCAGAGUGCUGCAUAA